AUGUCUGAGUCUGAUCUCUCGAGCAAAUACGUUCUUCAAACCGCUGGCUUCGACGCCCGGUUCCCUAACCAGAACCAGACCUGGCACUGCUUCCAGAACUACACGGACUACUUCAAGUGCAUCGCAGCCAAGGGCGAGGACUUUGCGCCUUGCAAGCAGUUCAAGCGGGCGUACAAUUCACUCUGCCCCAAUGAAUGGACUGCCAAGUGGGAUGAGCAGAGGGAGAAUGGCACGUUCCCCGCCUCGCUUGAGCCGUGA